AGCCCAGCAUAACUUUGAGACUGCAGUAGUACAAUCUACAAACUUUGACACAUUUUCUAUUGAAUGUUGUUGUCUUUUAAAAAAAAUGGUUCAACAAGUUCCAGAAAACAUAAGUUUUCCAAAUGAAGAAGAGAAGAUAUUGGAGCUCUGGAAAAAACUGAAUUGCUUCCAGGAAUGCUUAAAGCAAUCAAAGAACAGACCUAGGUUUAACUUCUACGACGGCCCUCCAUUUGCUACUGGCCUUCCACAUUAUGGCCAUAUUCUUGCAGGAACCAUUAAAGACAUAGUAACCAGAUUUGCUCAUCAGAAUGGUUUUCACGUGGACAGAAGAUUUGGCUGGGAUUGCCAUGGCUUACCUGUGGAGUAUGAGAUUGAUAAGACCUUGGGCAUUAAAGGGCCAGAGGAUGUGGUGAAGAUGGGGAUUAAAGAAUACAACCACCAGUGCAGGGGAAUUGUGAUGAGGUACUCGAAGGAAUGGGAGUACAAUGUUACCAGAUUGGGACGCUGGAUUGAUUUUAAGAAUGACUACAAAACUCUUUAUCCUGAGUUCAUGGAGUCUGUCUGGUGGGUUUUCAGGCAACUGUAUGACAAAGGACUGGUGUAUAGAGGUGUUAAGGUCAUGCCUUUUUCAACUGCUUGCAACACCCCACUGUCAAACUUUGAGUCCCAUCAGAAUUACAAGGACGUUCAAGAUCCUUCGGUGAUCGUGAACUUUCCACUGGAUGAGGAUGCAAGUGUUUCUCUUGUUGCUUGGACCACUACUCCUUGGACCUUGCCUAGUAAUUUGGCCCUUUGUGUUAAUCCAGAAUUGCAAUACGUAAAAUUGCGAGAUAAUGCCACAGGAAAGUUUUACAUCUUGAUGGAAUCCAGGCUGAUAGCACUGUACAAAUCUGACAGUGAAUAUGAGAUACUUGACAGGUUUCCUGGCAUUGUUCUUAAAGGCAAGAAAUAUAAACCCCUCUUUGACUAUUUUAUUCAGUGCAAAGAUAAAGGUGCCUUUGCUGUUGUAGUGGACAGUUACGUGAAGGAGGAGGAAGGCACGGGUGUUGUACAUCAGGCCCCCUAUUUUGGUGCUGAUGAUUACAGAGUCUGCAUGGAUUUUAACAUCAUUCAGAAAGAUUCUGCACCCGUCUGCCCUGUUGAUGCAUCAGGCUGCUUCACAGCAGAAGUGGCUGACUUUGCUGGACAGUAUGUGAAGGAUGCAGAUAAGAACAUCAUUAAAUUACUGAAAGAGAAAGGCAGACUGGUUCACAGCAGUAGUUAUAAGCACAGCUAUCCUUUCUGCUGGAG